AUGCAGCAACCCUUCUUUAAUCCCUCUGCUGCUGCUGCCGGUGCAGUGAACGAUGCUCAAAAUAGUAACAAACGAACCUUGGGUACAUUCCUUUCCCAACAACAACAACAACCAUCAUCAUCCUACACCACCAACCCAUUAUUAUCAUCCACACAACAGCAAUCAAUGAUGAUGGCAGCUAACAAUCCUUACCUCCAACAACAAAAAAAAUCAAAAAUUGAUUACAUUCAAUUACCUGAAAAAGUCAAAGAUACCAUCUCUGAGAGUGAAAUUUAUUCCAUUCUUUUAAAUUAUGAACAUCGAUUGGAUGUAUUACUCUCUGAAAAGAAACAACAUAUGCGUCAAUUAUUAUUAAACAAUGAAACAUCAAGUGAAACAUUGAGAAUCUAUGUCACACAUCAAAGAAAACCAAUCUCAAAAACAGAAGAAGAAUGGAGAUUUGGAAUUCAAGGUGGUAUUGUCAGAACACUUUCUAAUUCAGCAACCAUUGAACAAUACAAAUUUACUCACUUCUUGAAAUCAAUGAUUAUUGAAUUAGAUAGAAAUGUAUUUUCAGGUGGUGAAGAUUUUAUUGAAUGGAAUUCAUUACCUUCACAACCAUUGAAGGAUGGAUUUACAUUUAGUCGAAGAGUGAAUCUCUCUAAAUUAUAUGAAUUAUAUCCUCAACAUGUCUAUCCAUUGAAAUUAUUAUUUCAUUUCAAACAAGAUCCACCUCUCUAUGAGAUUAAUAAUGUCUAUUUGAAGAGAUUGAUUCGAACAACGGAAGAAUAUAGUCGAAGUUUGAAAUUGGAGAGUCAGAGUGGUGGUUCUAAUAAUUCAUUACAAGAAGAAACUUUUACAUUGAAUCAAAUUCUAUCCAUGAUUUGGGAAUAUAUUACAAAGAAUCGUUUGUAUGAUAGUGAAGACAAGUCAUUGAUUCGAUGUGAUGAAUUAUUGAGUCACAUGAUGACAUUACAUGAAACUACCACCAUGAAUAAUAAUAAUAGUACCAACAUGAAUACCACCACCAUCAAUACCAUGAAUACCACCAACAUGAAUACCAUGAAUACCAUGAAUACCAACAAUACCAUGAAUACCACACCACACAUCAUCUCCUAUACAGAAAUUCUCAAAAAAGUGAAAUCUCUUCUCACUAUUCCUAUUAACUCUACAGUAACUGAAAUUAUUCAUCCAAUUUCAUGUUCACCUACUAGUGAUUCAGAAUUAAUGACACCUCAACAACAACAACAAGUCUUUCAAGGUAAUUCUAAAAAAGAUGUUCCUGUUCAAGUGAAUACUCCACAUCAAGCUAAAACUAAUUCAUCUAUUGAAAAGAUUUUGAAUGAUGAACCCAAUGAAGAAAUUGAAAAUAUUAAUAAGAAUAUUCAAAAUGUCAUUCAAGACAUUAAACAAAGAUCUGAAAAGAUGAAAUUUAUGAAGAAAUUUGCUGAAGAUCCAGUGAAUACUCUUCAUGCAUUGAUUGAUUCACAAACUAGGGAUUUACUUGUUUUACACAAGAAACAAAGUGUUGAGGAGGCAAGAAAAUCAUCAUUUUACAAACCAAGUGAUUGGAUCCAUACAGCAUUGUUUAAAUAUUUGAAAAGUAAUGAAAAGAAGCAUUUGAAAUGA